GGCGGGCGUGUUGACAUCGGCGGCGCGGGCAGGCCCCGGCCCGGCUGCUGCCGCCGCAGCCAUCGCCAUGUACCGCGCGCUGUACGGUUUCCGCUCGGCCGAGCCCAACUCGCUGCCGUUCGCCGCCGGCGAGACCUUCCUGCUGCUCGAGCGCAGCAACCAGCACUGGUGGCUCGUGACGCGCGCGGGCUCCGGCGAGACGGGCUACGCGCCCGCCUCCUACCUACAGCGCAUCCAGGUCCUGGAACAAGAUGUGGUUCUGCAGUCUAUUGAUCGAGCCAUUGAGGCUAUACACAAUGCAGCUAUGAAGAAUGGGGGCAAGUACAACUUGGAGCAGAGGGAUGUCCUCCAGAAGUUGAUCCACCAUCGAAAGGAGACUGUAUCCCGCAAAGGCCACUCGCCAGCCAGUCAGGGCAUGACUAUGACCCCAUCCUCUAGUGAUCACCAUUUAGAUAUGGCACGGCAGCCCAAUGGGGUGUGCCGGACAGGAUAUGAGCGACACCACAGCCUUCCUAACACCGAGCUCCAAGAGGAUGAGGAAAGUCUUUACCAGAUCCCACCGCAGCCGCGCCGAGCUGCUCCCGUCACACCACCACCACCAGAAAAGCGCAAGAGCACACAGACAGCAGUGCCCAUUAAAAAUGCUGUGGAAAUCACCUCUGGGUCAGUUUCUGGUGCCUCUUCUGUGAGCUCCACUUCCCUCGAUAGCUUGUACACUGGUUCCACUCCCUCGGAAAUGUGUCUCCCAACAGCCACUUCCAGCCCCACCAACACCCCGCCACCCGUGCCCAGCAGGAGUGCGCACACUACCAUAUCACGCAGCUUGGAUUUUGGCUCUUCUGUCCACACACAGCAUGGGACUUCAGCAAAGGAUGGUAUAACCAGAUCUCCUCAGACCAAGAGGGCUGCCCCAGCCCCUCCAACUGAAGCAGGGCUUCAAAGGUGUCUCACUGUGGAUGGGGAGAAGAAUCCACAGGUCAAGAAGACCACUCCGGCUCCCCCAGCAGGCUUAGAAGCCUUCACCUCUCUUUCCCUUGAAGAGAAAAAGGCAACUGCCCUGGAGUCCCUGGCCCCAGAACCCAGCAGCCUGGCUGUAUCAGUGCCAAAGACGAUCGGUGCUGAGCUAAUCGAGCUGGUGCGCAGGAACACACACCUAAGCUAUGAGCUGUCCCGGGUGGCCAUCGGCGUGGUGAUUGGCCACAUACAGAGCAACGUCCCAGCGACCAGCAGCAUCAUGGAACAGAUUCUUAUCUCCCUGGUGGAAAGUAAGAAUCUGAGUUCAGGGCUGCCAUCGGGACAGAUCUGCCAUGAUGAACAGAGGCUCGAGGUGAUCUUUGCCGAUCUGGCCAGGCAUAAAGAUGAUGCCCAGCAGCGCAGCUGGGCUCUCUAUGAAGACGAAAAUGUCAUCUGCUGCUACCUGGAAGAGCUGCUUCGCAUCCUGACGGAUGCAGAUCCUGAGGUUUGCAAGAAAAUGUGCAAGAAGAAUGAGUUUGAAUCAGUCCUGUCCCUUGUGGCCUAUUAUCAGAUGGAACACCGAGUGCCACUCCGCCUGCUGCUGCUGAAGUGCUUUGGAGCCAUGUGCAACUUGGAUGCUGCUAUUAUCUCCACGCUCGUUAACUCUGUCCUCCCCAUGGAGUUGGCCCGAGACAUGCAGACUCAUACGCAAGAUCAUCAAAAGAUGUGCUAUUCUGCACUGGUGCUGGCAAUGAUAUUCUCUAUGGGAGAGCCGCUGCCAUAUCAUCACUACGAACACCUUAACUCACAGUUUGUCCAGUUCUUGUUGGAGGUGAUCGAGGAUGGACUGCCCUCGGACACAACAGAUCAGCUGCCUGACUUAUUUGUUAAUGUCCUGCUGGCCUUCAAUCUCCACAUUCCUGGUGUGUGUGAUGCCCUCUCCUGGACUCCCAGGGCUUUGAUAAUAGGUACUGAGUAAGGUCAUAGAUAGGGAAAGAAUUCCUUUAGAGGAGGGGUUAUACUGAUCAUCAAGUAAAGAACCUGUCCAUGAGGACAUGGUGCCUUGCUCCUCUGCUCCCCAAUACCUCUGCUUAUGGUUGAGAAGGAACAGCAAAACUCCAGCUUGGACUCUCAAGCUGAAAGAUGGUUGUGAUUAAAUUAGAGCCUGUAACAAACUACUUAACCUGCCUGGGUCCAAGGGGUUAUUGCAGCCUCUGGGUUUUUUUUUUGUUUUCCCCACCACUCUCUGUCGCAUGGUUCUUUUCACACCACAGAGAGAGGCAGUUAGCCAUGUUACGCUGAACUGCCUGACUUCAGACUGUCUGAUGAAGUGAACUCAGUUUCAGAAAAGCUCAUGUUCUCUCUAGAUGUAUCUUAUUUAUUUAGGCUAUAAAGUGCAUAUCUACCCUGCCUCUUCAUACUGUGCCACAUGCCUGCAUGGGUUAAUGCCACAGAAAUACCAAUUUUAGGAGCAGUAACACUUUCAGUGGGUGCUUAACACCUCUGUGCCUCACCUCCUGGGGGUUUGGUAGGACUGCUGGUUAGCCCAUCUGGGCCUCCUGAAUCUCAUUAAAGGUAACUGUGGUGGGGUCUGUCCUGGCAUCAUUCUUCCAGUCAGCACAUUCUCCUGGAUGCUUUGGUACCUGCAAUGUUGAGCUACCUAAGAAUGGGCAAAGCCAUUGGCUGCAAAGAAGCCAAUGCCUGCCUGCCUGCCCUGCCAAACCCUGCCUGCCACUGCUGCUUGCAGUUCUGAAGUUAGUCCAUAGGCCAAGUGCAAUGGUAGGCCCUAGUAUAGGAUGCCACUUGUUAGUCCUGAGCUGAUCUGUGGAAUCUCUUGUUGCUUGGUCAUAAUUAUCUUGCAUUAAUUACUUGUCACUGUUCCACAUGAUGCCUUUAUCCUUGGCUUCACCAGGAGGAGAGGAGGAAGCAGCGAGAACACAUCCUGGAGUUCAGCUGGUCAUUGGAGUUGUUUCAUUAACAUUCAUGUGGAAGUUUCCAAUUUGUGAAAGUUUCUCACUCGGAGACUGAAGUGUGUUCUCUGCUUUCAUCCAUUACCACUUCUGACUGUUACCUGAUGCAUUAGCUGGCUUCAGUAAUUAGGCAAUAAUGCAUGAAAGGCAGUGCGUUUCUGGGGGAUUAUUGCCCACCUGGGGUGCAGUUGAAAGGAGAGCAACUUGUCCUCCGAUUCCAAGAACUGGCUAAGUGAUGCUUGGGUUCCUUAUUAGCAGGUUGAAUUUUUAUUCCCAGGACUUUAGGAGAUCUCAGAAUAUUUGCAGUUGGCUGGUGCAGUGUUAGCUCAAAACUGUUCUGCGGAUCAGUUGAUACAUUCAGGUUAUUUCAGCAGGAAGGACACUGAAGUACCUUGAUCCACACAGUAUAGAUGGGGGUCACUGCCCCUGAAACAGCAGCCUUUGAGAAAUUCUCUCAGUAGUUUUGAGACUCUGCAUGCACAGCCGCAAGGCCUGUGCGAAGCAGCAAGUAUUUGAUUCAGCUUCGGAUUCGGCCAAUUUGAAGGGACAGUGAUUCGAUUUGGUGAUGCGGGGGGGAUCCCUGCAUUCACCAGCUGCAGCAGCAGCUAUCGGGGCCCCUGGGGGCUCAUGGCAAAGCCCCCCCCAGCACAGUACAGGGCAGCAGGGAUCGGCCCUCCCGCCUGGCACCUGCGCGGCAGCUGUCAAAUUGCAUGGGUGCAGCAUGGCUCGGCAGAGUCCUGCACGCUGUCAGUCACCCAGCAGCACUCAGUCCAAGUGGCCCCAACUCCUGGACAGCACACAGAACCCCGCAGCGCCCUGCUGAGCCGCGCAGAGUCUCCGCUGCCCUGCACUGCAUGAGGGGGCUUUGCCACGAGCCCCCAAAGGCCCCAAUCGAUGCUGCUGUGGCUGGUGAGUGCGGGGUUUUGUUUUUUUUAGUGCCAGGACUCUGGGGCCAGGCAGGGUGGGGGCCAGGGGAGCUGGUGGGGCAUGGGGCCAGGCGGCGGUUCCCCCAUAGCCCCUCCGCCUGCCCCCUAUUUAUUGGCAUGGAGCCUGAGUCCAGCUCCCUGCGGCGGCAAGCAGGGACUGUCCAAAUCUCCAAAUAGAUUCGGAGGCUUCUGAAUCUAUUCGGACCUUUUAAUGGGUCUCCCGAUUUGAUUCGGAGAUUUGGCCCCUGAAUCGGGCCAAAUGUCCUCCGAAUCAAAUUGGCUACUGAAGCUUCGCACAGCCCUAAUAGCUGCAGCAGUCUGGGCUUGCAGGGCACAGGAAAAUCCAUCUCCAUUGAAACCUGAGGAGAAGCAUAGGGAGGCAGGCUGUGACUUGGGUAUGAAUUUGGCUGAGGCUGAAAGGCUAACUCCUCUGUCCUGCAACUUUUCUAAUCAGAUCUACAUCUUGGAGGAAAGAAAUGUCCCUUGUUGGACCCCCCCCUCCCUUUCCCUGCAUUAUCAUUCGUGAGCUCAGGUUGGUCCUGCUCCAGGGAGAAGCAGUACCUCUCAGCCUGCCUGGAACAUCACACAAAUGUUUGCCCAUUCACUUUGCUUAUUCACUUUUGUAAGCUGAGCAGGUGAUAGCCCCAGUGAUGCACUGCUGACCUGGGGCAGGCGGAGAAGAUACUGGAUAGGAUGGUAUCUGGUACUUCAAAGGGCUGGAGCUGAAAUGAAGCUGAAGUGGUGUUUUCAAAAUGUGUUGUCCUGCAGGGCAUGGAGGCUACUCUGACCUCGGGGGGACAGUGCCAGCCGUAAGGCUGCUGGUGGGGAGCAGGGAAAAAGUGAAACUUAAGUAAAUCUGCAUCCUGUUUGGAAGGGAUCUGUCGCUUGGAGUAACCACCUUUUCCUUC